CACGGGCAUAUCAGAAAUUUAUAUGUGUAAUGUAAUGGGUUCGUCAACUGUGCAGCAUAGGGGAUAGUUGCUGAUUGCUUGCAGUACAUCUUAAAAACUCCAGUCAGAACUUACACAAGCUUCACUUGUUAAUUCACUGAAAUUGUUAUUUAUGAACUAAUUUUCUCCAAAUCAAGAAUUCUUAAUUAGAAAAUCAGCUUGCCACAAUUGCUCUGGCUGAAUCUUUAUAUGAGAAAAAAAUUUUUGCUAUUCAGAACUGGUUUAAUCGACUCGGAUUAGAAGUUUUGUCACUUCGGAUGAUCGCGUAAACCCAGAUUACAAGCUUAGUUUUUGAAAGGAAUUUUGUAGUUUUUCCAAUACACGAAGGGGACGACUGACCAUAUUUCACCAGAAUUACAGGAUUUUGUCGCUUGAAUCUGACCAUAGAGUUAUUUUGUAGACCCGGAAUUAGGGAAGCGACUGUACAUAACCCACUCAUGCUGCACCUAUGUAUGUACAUGUAAUCUGGAACCAUCCACUUGAUGGCAGAUUCUGAUAAAAAGAGGAAAAUGCCCCAGAAAAAAAAUCUACUUUUGAAGACCUCCUGAUAACAAUCUCGCCUUCAUUUCAACACUAGCAAAUUUGAUUCAAGGAGGAAAAGAAAGUACCCAAGAAAUACCUCAGAUUACACCACAGAGUACCUAGAAUCCAAAUUAUCCCUAAAGGGCCCUUGACCCCAUGCUGUAAUGACUUCGCGCUCUGCGCUCACAUUAUUUGCCACCUUGCUAUAAUUUUAGGCUACAUGAAUAGCAUCUCUCUCCUGUCAAAGGCAUGUCACUCCUUUGAAACAACAAAAACCAAGAAAUGUAGCCUUUAAAUGCCUUCUGACAAAAAGUAAUUGCUUUAUUAUUUUUUUCAGAGACAGCAUAACUUAUCCUGGCCAGCAUGGGCGAAUGUCCCUGGUUUCUAUACCACAUUGAAAAAGCUGUCUGAUUAUGGCAUGUACUUUCUAUUCAAUACAAAAGAGAAGAGCCGACUUAAAGGAGGACCAUUGGUUGGUCAAAUCAUAGACAACAUGGUGAAUAAAUCGACCACAACUGACCCAAAGGAUCUCAGGAGGAAGAUCUAUGUGUACUCAGCUCAUGAUACAACACUAGCAGCCUUCCUGUCAGCAUUAGGUAUUUACAACGGUGUUCAGCCUCCUCUUGCUUCUUGUGUUGGUGUUGAGAUGUGGAAAGAGGAAAAUGGGAAGUACACAGUCAAUAUAUGGUUUCGUAAUGAUACAACCAAAGCACCCUACCCUCUGAAAAUUGAAACCUGUAACAUGUCUUGUCCGCUUGAUGAGUUCAUCAAAAUCACCAAAGAUAUUGUCCCAGAGGAUAUCAAAAAAGACUGUGGUGUCACUUCAUCCGUUGGUAUCAACAGCAUCAGUAUAAUUAUUCUUGUCAGCAUUGUCAUUGGCCUUCUUGUCAUCACCAUCUUUGCUCUGGCUGGCAUUGUGAUAUGCCGCUGCCGUCGUAACCCAACUAAAGAUGGCCAUGUGAGACUACCAACAGAUGACACAUCAGCAUGACUAUUGGAAGAGGACAGUGAUGAAAAUGAACUUUUCAUGCAGACUGACAGGCAUACUUCACAGAUAUUAAUGAAACCAGUGUAUACCAGUGGUGUGCAGAGAAAAAUAAAAUGAGGAUUCACUGGCUACUAGAAAAACAAAGUUAGGCACCAGGUCGAUUUGGAACAUACUGUCACACAUUUUCAAAAUACACAAGUUACAUAUACAAAAUCUGACAAAACAGAAACUUAUCGAUACCUAUGAAGUAGUAUAAGCACUUCCUGCCGGGGACUCUGGGAUCGGAGACAUAUGGUUUAUAUUGGUGGCCGGGGUCUCCGAACUCGGACAAAGGA